AGGAGAAAGGUGUCACACAGCAAAAGUGCUGCGUGAGUCUAAUUCCAGGUUUUCCGAAUUCGUCGGCCACGAAAAUCGGUAAUUUUCUGUGCGAAUUUACGAUAAAAUCGUAUCCUUUAACCUCGUUUGUGAAGAAGCAAUUUAUUAAAGCAAUAUUGCCAGACGGAGCAGCGUUAAAGUCAGCCACAGGAAUCCGGUGAAUAAGGCAGUGCACUGAUUCCAGAACAUCAACCCUUCAAGGACAACUAGACCUACUGCUGCAAGAUGGGCAACCGUGAUGAUGAAUAUGAUUAUUUAUUCAAAGUUGUACUGAUCGGAGACUCCGGAGUUGGUAAAAGUAAUCUAUUAUCCCGAUUCACUAGGAACGAGUUUAAUUUGGAAUCCAAAUCGACCAUUGGAGUAGAGUUUGCUACCAGAAGUAUAGAGGUUGACGGUAAAACUAUCAAAGCCCAAAUUUGGGAUACCGCCGGACAAGAGCGCUACAGGGCGAUCACGUCAGCCUAUUACCGUGGUGCAGUUGGUGCUCUUCUCGUGUAUGACAUCGCAAAACAUCUAACGUAUGAGAAUGUUGAACGAUGGCUGCGAGAGUUGCGCGAUCAUGCGGAUCAGAACAUUGUUAUCAUGCUCGUCGGCAACAAGAGCGACUUGCGACAUCUGCGUGCCGUGCCCACGGAUGAAGCGAAAGGCUUUGCUGAACGUAACGGGCUCAGCUUCAUCGAAACGUCGGCCCUGGAUUCGACAAACGUCGAAACUGCAUUCCAAAACAUACUCACAGAGAUCUAUCGAAUUGUGUCGCAAAAGCAAAUCCGGGAUCCACCGGAAGGCAGCGUCAUUAGACCGAACUUGGAGAACAUCGACGUGAAGCCGACCAAUCCAACGACUGAUUCCGUGCGAAAACAAUGUUGCCAGUGACCGCCACAAGCAGAAAACACGAAUGUUCAUAAUGCUGCGUAUUCAGUAAUAACAUCAUCAAGCACUACUACUAUUACAGCUACAGAUAGUACUGCAAGCACUACAACUACUACUACUACAACUGCUGCAAAUACGGUUACUACAUCUAAUUCUACAGAAAAAGCUAAAAUUAACUACACUCUUGCUCCAAAUGAACCUAUUACUACUAAUACCACUAUUACUGCUACUACUUUUAAUGCGACAAAGACCAUCGUCACCCGCAACGGGUCUGUUGCUAAUACAGUCGACCGCAGAAUUAGCCCCUCCAGCAUUGGCGACGGCCACCAGCAGAUAUGUUUGUCCAAAGCAACGGCAAUAGCACUUUCUUUGCCAUCAACACCCUUUUUCGAUAGCAACAAUAACGCUAGCUCGAGACAAAUGAUACUUUUUUGAAGUGCUCCUUGGUGUAAAAGGUCCGCUAAAUACGCUUUUUAACUCAUCCAUGCAGUUUCAAAUUAUUUUUUGUUUGUUUUGAAUAAAUUUGUUUUGGCAGUGAGUAUGGCGUUUGAAUUCUGGCAAAGAAGCAACUCCGGUAUUGUAGCUAGCGUUAUUUUGCUGCUUCUUUACCUGGAUGAUUGAAAUCAAUUGGCUAGUUGCGCAAAAUGAUAGCGACCAAUACAUAGCAUGUAGGGCAAAUGGAAGGAAUAUGUUCAAUUAACGCACGUAUGAAUUCUUAUAUCUCUUGGUUGAAAUAAGUGAUAAGAUAAAUUGGAAAUGAAUGGAAAUAUUCCAGAGGAAAAAGAUGUAACGUAAUAUGGAAAAAUACAUUACAUGCUAUAUAAAUGAAUACAUUUCAACAAACACGUGCGUACAUAUAUAACCCCUAGGGGAAUAUAAUAUCAAAAAUCUGUCACAGUGGAUAGAACGUGUGAUGAAAAAUGCGUACACCUUCAAAAUUGCUGGAUUUUACGACAUUUAUAUAUGUCUGGCUCGCUGCAUUUAUCAUCCGGCUUCGGUUCAUUUAGUUCUUUGCUGGAUACACAUUGGAUUUUUUGGGUUCGUCGUAUACGCAACGUGUAAUAUGUGUGUGAGUGUGUAGAUGUGCUUUUUUUGCCAGUAUAGAAAUCGAACAUUAAUGCACCAGAGAAAAACAGGCCGAAGCUUGGCUUUGUGAUGGCUUGAAGAAAAUCAAAAUAAGAGACGGAAGUGUUUUAAUAAUAGGGUAAUAUCUCUAGAUAAUUUUUGUUUCAUUCAAAGGUUUAAAAUAAAUUGGAGAGAUAAAUAUUACGAAUGAAACCGUACUAUCAAGUGGAUCAUUUUUCGUGCUAAAUAUGGAUCUUGCGCACGUUGGUAGGCUUUUGAAGCAAGGAUGUCGAGGCGAUAGAUGGAUGGGUCGCAAUAGGAGUGGUAAGUAGCAAACCGCAUACUUUAUGGUUGUUGGUAACCAUUUCACAAUUCGAAGGAUAUCGCUGACCAACAUCCACAGUGUAUCGAGUACUAGGGCAUGGUAGUGGGCAUGUUUCUAUAGAGCUAUACUCGAUGGUAGUAGUGCGAUAAUAUAAUGUUAAUUGUCCAUUCCUUUUUAGUGAAGAUCGCUAGCUAGCACGAAACAAAACAAAGGCAUGUUUGAAACAUGAAAAUCCUGUGACCAGGCAGAGUAGUUACAAUAUUUUGAACAACGGGGACGCUAUUUGACUGGACAACGAAAGGCUUGCAAUGUAUCCACUGUUUACAUCCUUUAUUAUAGGCGUUACUUGUUUAUCUGU